CCAUUCCUCUUUUCUUUCCUCUCAAAACCCCCCAAAUCUCGAAAUCGCUGCACUCACUCCUUCUCUCUCACACACACGCAGAUUAGGGUUUGGCCUCCAAAUCUGGCGGUCGCUGAUGGCUGAAGUUGCAACCGCCACCGAGGAGAACCUCGAGCGUCGCCGAGAAAGAAGUAACACCACCGACCCCGAUAACAACGACAAGCCCUCAGACACCGCCGCAUCCGAUGCUUGCCCCGACGCCACAUCAUCGCCGCCUCCUCCCCCUCCGCCGCCGCGCCGAGGUAUCCGGGACUGUGAGCGUGACUCUCGGGAGAGGCGUGAUGACCGGGACUUUGAUCGGCCGCCGCGGCGUGAGUACUGGCCGCCGCCGCCGCCGCCGCCACGCGAAAGGGAUUAUCACAAGCGAGGCAGGCUGAGUUCAAGCCCUCCCCCACCACCUUAUCGUGACCGACGCGGUCCGCAUUCUCCCCCUCCAAGAAGAUCGCCGCCAUUUCCUCCGUAUAAGAGGAGGAGGGACGACGUUUAUGAUGGAAGGAGAGGAAGUCCUAGAGGAGGAUAUGGGCCAGGGGAUCGAAGGUUUGGAUAUGAUUAUCCUGGUGGAUAUGAGCGUGAGAUGGGAGUUAGACCCGGUUAUCCUGAUGAAAGGCCUCAUGGUCGAUAUAUGGGCCGAUCAGGUGGCUAUCAAGAUUGGGAUUCAGGUCGCGGUGGUUUUGCUGAUGCUUUCAAUGCAGGGGGAGCCCAAAGGGAAGGAAUGAUGUCUUAUAAGCAGUUCAUUCAGGAGCUUGAAGAUGAUAUUUUGCCAGCUGAAGCAGAGCGCAGGUAUCAAGAGUACAGGACAGAGUAUAUAUCAACUCAGAAAAGAACUUAUUUUAAUGCACACAAGGAUGAAGAAUGGUUAAAAGACAAAUAUCAUCCAACAAACUUAGUUGCUGUCAUUGAAAGGAGGAAUGAACUUGCAAGGAAGUUAGCAAAGGAUUUUCAACUAGAUCUGCAGAGCGGAACUUUGGAUUUAGGUCCUGCUUUUAGUCCUCCCUCGUCAAGCAAGGCAGAACAGUCCAGCGAACCUAAUUCUGAUGAUGAGGCAGAUGUGGGUGGCAAAAGAAGGCGGCCUGGUCGGGGUGGUGCAAAAGAGUCUGAUGUUUCAUCUGCCCCAAAGGCUCAUCCCAUCUGCUCCGAGCCCAGACGAAUUCAGGUUGACGUUGAACAAGCUCAGGCUCUUGUACGGAAACUUGAUGCAGAAAAAGGAAUUGAGGAUAAUGUUUUAUGUCGGGCUGAUAAUGAUAGAAUGAACAGAGACAAGUCUCAUGGAAGUUCAAGUGGUCCAGUCAUUAUCAUUCGGGGUUUAACUACAAUCAAAGGUCUUGAAGGGAUCGAGCUUCUUGACACCCUUCUAACUUAUCUCUGGCGUAUUCAUGGAGUUGAUUAUUAUGGGAUGGUUGAAUCAAAUGAAGCCAAAGGUUUCCGGCAUGUUAGAGUGGAUGGCAAGAGUUCCGACACAAUUGGUAAUGGGAAUGAGUGGGAGAAGAAAUUAGAUUCUCAUUGGCAGGAGAGGCUGAAGGGUUCAGAUCCACUGGAAGUAAUGACUGCAAAGGAGAAGAUAGAUGCUGCUGCUGCUGAAGCUUUGGAUCCUUAUGUCCGCAAAAUUAGGGAUGAAAAAUAUGGGUGGAAGUAUGGAUGUGGAGCAAAGGGUUGCACAAAGCUCUUCCAUGCUGCAGAGUUUGUUCACAAACAUUUAAAGUUGAAACACCCAGAACUUGUGAUGGAACUGACAUCAAAAGUGCGUGAGGAGUUGUAUUUCCAGAACUACAUGAGUGAUGAGAAUGCACCUGGAGGGACACCUGUCAUGCAGCCAUCAUUUCCGAAGGAGAAACCACAAAGACGUAGACCAGGUCUAGACAAUAGACUAAAAGAUGACAGAGGAAAUCGUAGAGAACGUGAUAACCGCACCAAUGGAAAUGAACGUUUUGAUAGGUCUGAGAACCCCCAAUCUGGGGAUUUUGCGAAUAAUGAUGGCGCUUCUGGGAAUAACCCAGAUGAACAAAUGUUUGAUUCUUUUGGUGGCCAGGGUAUUCCUGUUGCUGCUUUUGCUUCAGAUAUACCUCCUCCUGUGCUGAUGCCUGUUCCUGGUGCUGGGCCCCUGGGUCCCUUUGUUCCUGCCCCUCCUGAAGUUGCUAUGCGAAUGCUGCGCGACCAAGGAGGCCCUCCUCCAUUUGAAGGAGGCAGAAAUGGGAGGUCAGGUCCUCAGUUAGCUGGACCUUCACCAAUAAUUGCCUUACCACCUGCACUACGACAGGAUCCUCGGCGCUUGCGAAGCUAUAAUGACCUAGAUGCUCCGGAUGAUGAAGUCACAGUUAUAGAUUACAGGAGUUUAUAGGAUUCUCAUAAUGGCAAGCAAUAUUUAUAUUAAUGCUUUGCUCUGGAAGGUUAGAUGCAAAGCUCCCUGGUGUUUCUGUCAUCCUCAUAUAAAAGCAGCAUCAGUUCCACAGUUAUAUGACCUGUAAAGCUGCAGCCUGCAUGCCCAUCUGCUGCACAGUCUUGGUAUUUCUCUAUUUUUCUCAAUAACGCAACCAGAUAUGUCAAGAACUUGGGAAAGAUUGUGGCACCGAUGAAAUCUUCCAGAAAAUUCUUUCCUCCCGCUGGGCGACUAAUUUGCAAGUAUCAAAGGGUGAGGGAUUAGUUAUAAAUCAGUACAUGAAGUUCAAUGUAAUCAAAUUUCUAGACAUGUUAGUGCUGUAAUUUUUUUUUUUCUUUUUUUGGUUUUUCCAAAUAGUCCUGAGGAUCUUCUGAAGCCUGAUAUUGUGCUGUUAGAGACUUGCCAAAAGAAGAAAAAAACUGAAAGAGAUGUUAUGUUCUUGACUAUAUCCUUAAA